GCUGCCGAACCGCGCCGCUCUUCCGCCUCACUCACUAGGUCAUCACAGAGGAUUAGCAGCUCCCGCUGGGACCAGCACCGACGGCCGUCAGCUAACAGAAUCCAUGGCAGCACACCUUUUCUCUCUUAGUUACUCCACCACUGUUUAAAAAUUCCGCCUAAAAAGAAAAAGCGUUGCGUCCCCUGGUUUGGGUCUCCAGCCAACGUGUGUAGCAACUACCCAGAGGAUCUAGGGGCAGCUCUUUACAGAGAGCCGUUUGACUUCAACGCAGAGCCGCCUUGGGAUCCUAGCUGAUAGUGGCCGAGUGUUCGGCCCAGGACUCAUCCAUGUGGUUUGUUGCAUAAAUCUAGGACCCUGGGGGCUCGAGGGGGAGUGAGCAAGAUCACUUUGGACUAUCCACAUUCUUUAUGCCUGUCGGAUUACAAGAAAACGGUUGAGAGGAUGAAGGGAAUCACUGAUGAACCGCAGUAUUCUGUUGGCCUACUGGAGGGGGGCACCGCUCUUUGUGACGUGAUUGCCAAUCAUAUUGAUGAACAAACACUGACUGAGAAGAAUGCGUUCUUUGUAGCAGACCUGGGGGUCAUAAUGAGGCAGCAUGUUCGCUGGCGAACUCACAUGCCCCAAAUUCGACCCUAUUACGCAGUCAGAUGCAACAGCAGUCCAGCUGUGAUCGAAAUUCUUGCUGCGCUUGGCUCUGGCUUCACAUGCACCAACAAGUCUGAACUUGAGCUGGUGCAGAGCCAUGGUAUUCCCUCUGAAGAUAUCAUCUACAGUGGUGUUUGUAAACAGGUCUCUCAGAUAAAAUAUGCUGCUAAGAACGGUAUUGACCUGCUGGUGUGUGAUAAUGAAGCAGAACUGCGUAAGAUUUCCCGCUGCCACCCUGGUUCCAAGCUGCUGGUACAGGUGUCAACAGAGGCAUCCAACCCUGACGGUGACAUGAGCAUGACCUUUGGAUGCUCUCUCAAGGACUGCAGGCAUCUGUUGGAGAGUGCAAAAGAGCUUGGUGUGCAAGUUGUGGGAGUCAGGUGUCACAUUUCCAGCUCCUGUGAAGAUGACCAGGUCUAUGUUCAUGCCAUUUCUGAUGCCCGUUGUGUCUUUGAUAUGGGAGAGGAAAUGGGAUUCAACAUGAACAUUUUGGACAUUGGCAGUGGAUUCAGUGGCUCUGAGACCCAGCUGGAAUUGAUUAAUAGUGCAGUCAUGCCUGUGGUGGAUGUGUACUUUCCUCCUUCCACUGGAGUUUCCAUCAUCGCUGAGCCGGGAAGCUUCUUUGUGUCCUCUGCCUUCACCCUGGCUGUCAAUGUCAUCUGCAAGGAAGUGGUGGCCCGCGACCGCAAGGACCAGGAACAUGAUGAGCUAUCUCCCAACGAGGAGCCAGAAUUCCAGUACUACCUGAAUGAGGGAGUGUACGGAUCGUUCUCCAGCAAGCUCUCUGAAACACUGAUCACAGCCCCAUCUGUUCACAAGGACACGUCCAAGGAUGCUCCACUUUUCAGCAGCAGCCUCUGGGGUCCUUCUGGGGACGACAUGGACCAGGUAGUGGAGCACUGUCUGCUGCCUGAGCUCAACAUAGGAGACUGGUUGGUGUUUGCACAUGCUGGUGCCUACAGCCUGGGUCAGCCGCUGCUCCCCUCCACCGACUCACCACCGCCCCACGUCUACCACGUCAUCUCCUCCAGAGACUGGUUUGAGAUGCAGGACACUGGUUUCCCCCACGAGACGACGCUGAAGAACUUCUCGCUGGUCCCUUAUUUUCUCAAAUCCUGCCACACGGAGGCUGCGCUGUCUGUGCCAGCUUAGCAUCAACCGACCAGGGGAGCUUUCAGCUUGUCUCACUGGUUUGUGCUGCUAGCAAUUUUUUGUCAUGGAUGAAUUCAUCCAGCUGUGCAGAUAAGUGUUUGAUAUAACUGGGACCAGAUUAACCGGAACUUUUUUUAUCUGACAACCCCCAAUGUACAAUUUGUGAUUAGACAGCAAAACCAGAGUAGAUGUCAGUUCGUAUGCAACAAAAUGGAUGAGUCCAGAAAUUACAUUUUUCUCUUUUUAUCAGUAUCCCACAUAAGUGCAGUUUACAUUACUGCAGUAGGCCUGUAAAGAUCUAACAUAACGUGUGACAGAUGUGUUGUUAUCUUCAUUACUGUUGCCAAUAGACUGUCCCUGAGUGAGGCAGUGUUUUAAAUAAAACCAGGUCCAAGUUAUUGUUUUGAGCUUUGCUACAAGAUGUGUAUUUAUGAGUUCAAUUGGUUCUGUAAUUUAUUACUUGUGAUGAGAGCUUGACUCCAUUAAUACCUUUUAAAAUGUGUUUUCCUUCUUAGUGUUUUAAAAGGGGACCUUACAGAUAAGAUGUUGCUGCAUAUACAGAGAUGAAUUAACAUGUGUCUGAUCUGAUAAAAGAAGAGCCAUUCUUGUCAGUAUUGUCACCAUAUGUGGAAAACUGGUGUGGUGUGAAAGCUAAAUCUUAAGUGUUCACCAGUAAACUGGUAUUUGUGUGUUUUUCCAAAGUGUUGAGCAACUUUCUGUCGAGAUCAGCGAAGGGUCAGCAGGCGACUGCUGCGCCAACGGAGAGCAAGGCCAGAUUAGCAGACCGCAUGUGCUGCAGAGGAACAGGGCAAGUGUUGACGGAUACCCGGUCAGCUGACAUGAAUGGAACGUUUUAUUUAAAAUAAUAAUAAGCAGCACAUUAUAUUGAUACAUGACCUUUUUGCUUUCUUCUGGUAUUUAUAGUUUAAUAUUUUUUCAACAGUUUGUUGAAGGAAUAUUACAGGACUUCUUGAUUUAAAUCUACUUGCAUAGUUUAUCUGUGGAGUUGUCACCCAAUCUGGGUCUAAGAUGUUAAAUUAUCAGACACUUGCCUGCGAUUAAGUUCUAGCUGUGCUUAUCAAAAUGAAAAGUAAUAAAUAGGUUGACUUGA